AGUUAUAGUCCAUCCAAAAAUUUAAUUCGGUUCGUCGAGACGUCUCUCUUCGCUCCACUGUUUCCUGCUCUUUGCACGCCGAUCGGAGGUCCGCAUCGUUGCAAUGGAGGAGGCAUAUUUUAAGUGUUGUAAAACAAAAAAAGCUGGAAAUUUUGUUUGUAUCAAUUGUGGUUCGAUUUACCACAAGUCAUGUAUGGACAGAGCUAAAAAUAUCUCCUUCAUUGACGGUACGCGUGUCCUUUGCUGUACCCAAGUCUAUGAUAGUGAUUCGUCGCUUCUUGCACACGUGAAAAAUGAACUCGACCUUUCAAAAAGGCUUCUUGUUGAAAUGGAAAAGCGAAAUCUUUUGCUUGAGGAAAAAAUUCGUGACCUUGAACGGGACGCGAGUAAAACAAGUGUUAUGUCAUACGCUAAAGCUCUUUCGAAUCAAAAAAAAGUGCCGCCGAUUAUUAUAAAACCGACACAACAAACACCAAAGGGUACUAUAAUUACAAAGAUCAAAUCGCAAGACAAUAUUCAAGAUUUAAACAUUUCGGUCGACACUGUCAGAGAAGUAAAAAACGGUUCGGUCAUGAUUAAGUGCAAUAAUGUAGAGAACAAUGAAACAAUGGUCAGGGAGAUCCAGAAAAUAGCUAACUUGAACUGUGAAAUCAAAACAUUGAAUAUGAGAAAACCGCGAGUCAAGGUAGUCGAUGUUUGUGAGGACGUAGAUCCGGUAACCCUUUCAGAUCGAAUUCUUUCUCAGAAUUUUGAAUCCGCCUCUCCCGACGACUUAAAAAUCAUUCAUGUCCGGAAAAACAAAAAGAAAAACAACAGCUGCAUUUUUGUCGAACUAGCACCAAAGUUGUACCACGCGACGAUGCGCAGCGGAACACUUUAUGUGGGAUGGCAGCAUUGCCGCGUGUACGAGGAUUUCAAUGUGAGCCGUUGCUAUAAGUGCUCUGGCUACGGUCACAGCGCGAAAAAGUGUACAAAUCAAACUAGAUGUCAGUACUGCGCGGGCAACCACGAUGGUACUGCAUGUCCGAAUAAAGAAAACAAACAGUGUACAAACUGUUUACAGUCGAAUUUAAAAUACAAAACUGAAAGAGAUCACAAACACUAUGCUUUCGAGGAGAAUGUUUGUGAGACCUUCCAGUUUUAUAAGAAACGUGCAAUGGCUCAAACUGAAUACAAUUAA